AUGAACCGACGUCAACAAAUCACUUUCCUCUUCAACUCGCCAUUCAUAAUCCUUCUACAAUGUGGAAGUGGUGGCAAUCAUGCCAUGAUAGAUGUAAGCAUGUUGUGUGCCUAUAACGAGGGUUACCAAUAUGUAAAAUCCCCGCUCAACUGCAACCAAUUCUACGACUGUCGAAGACAAGAAUAUACCUUCCGGAAGCUGUAUUCAUGUCUGGCUGACGAAAUAUUUGCACAACCAAUAGAAUUGUGCGUUAUCAAAGAUGAUGGGGCAAUAGAAGCUUAUUGUAAGAAGACCAUUGAUGUACGACUAACUAGGGAUGAGGAUUGCCUCCUCGUUAAUGGAUACAACAUCAAGAAAGACUUGAAAAACAUGUUUAUUCCUUGCGUGAUGGGAAAGGUUUUGGCUCACAAGUCCUGCAGCGGUGAUUCAGUGUUCGAUUUUGAGAAACAAAUAUGUAAAGAUGAGAGUCUUCAAUAA